CCCGGCCUCCUCCUCGGCGUUCCCACGCCCACUCGGCGGGCUCUCGGCCUCCACGUCAGGGCCGCGCCGCGGAGAUGGCGGCUCAGAAGAUAAACGAGGGGCUGGAACACCUGGCCAAAGCAGAGAAAUACCUGAAAACUGGUUUUUUGAAAUGGAAGCCGGAUUAUGACAGCGCCGCUUCUGAGUAUGGAAAAGCAGCUGUUGCUUUUAAGAAUGCCAAACAGUUUGAGCAAGCAAAAGACGCCUGCCUGAAGGAAGCUGUGGCCCAUGAGAACAACAGGGCCCUUUUUCACGCUGCCAAAGCAUACGAGCAAGCCGGCAUGAUGCUGAAGGAGAUGCAGAAACUCCCAGAGGCUGUUCACCUGAUCGAGAAGGCCAGCAUGAUGUACCUGGAGAACGGCACCCCAGACACGGCCGCCAUGGCCCUGGAGCGGGCCGGGAAGCUGAUAGAGAAUGUAGAUCCAGAAAAGGCUGUGCAGUUAUAUCAGCAGACAGCCAAUGUGUUUGAAAAUGAAGAGCGCCUGCGGCAGGCUGUUGAACUCCUGGGGAAAGCCUCCCGGCUGCUGGUGCGUGGGCGCAGGUUUGAUGAGGCGGCACUCUCUAUUCAGAAAGAGAAAAACAUUUAUAAGGAAAUUGAGAAUUAUCCAACUUGUUAUAAGAAAACGAUCGCCCAGGUCUUGGUGCACCUCCACAGAAACGACUACGUGGCAGCUGAGCGCUGUGUCCGCGAGAGCUACAGCAUCCCCGGCUUCAAUGGCAGCGAGGACUGCGCUGCCCUGGAGCAGCUCCUGGAGGGCUACGACCAGCAAGACCAGGACCAGGUGGCCGAGGUGUGCAACUCGCCGCUGUUCAAGUACAUGGACAAUGAUUAUGCAAAGCUGGGCCUGAGCCUGGUGGUCCCAGGAGGCGGCGUCAAGAAGAAGGCAGCAGCUCCCCCACAGGCCAAGCCCGAAGGCACCGCUGCCCCCGCCGCUGAGGAUGAGGAGGACGAGUACGCAGGGGGGCUGUGCUAGGCUCGGCCCUGCCGGCAUGACUCACCCCCAGACUCCGCGGAGGGCGGCCGGACUCACGGUGUCCUGGCUCUGAUGCUGUAAGACAAGUCUCGUUCCUGGUUCCCGGACCACUGCUCUGCCCGGUGCCUGGAAGCAUUUCCUUUCUUUCCCUGACAAGAGCUCUUCUCAGACACCAGCAGGAAUUAACAGAGAAACAUCCCAUCACGUCAUACGAUAGCUGAUUUUAAAAUUGGCAAACCCAUUUCUCGACAGACUUGUUCUAAACAAAAGGGGUAACACGCAUGGGCAGUCUUUUCUCUUGGGCUCGUGUCAUUUGUUAGAAAAGUUGUUUGCAUUUUAUUUCAUAAUUGCUGCUAAAAGUGAAGUUUACUGGUUAAACAAAGUAAUAUUGUAAACAUUUGUUUUCAUAAGGAGAUUUAUGCCCCGUAAUAAUUAGAGACAUUUAAGUUAUUAAACCUUCAGAUGGAGUGUGGGCCAGGAGGCUGUUCUGAGCCUUAUGACAUUACUUCUCCCAGAACAAAACGCACCUGGAGUGUCAUGUGGGUGCCUGAACAUUUUGACGGUGGCGUGUCCCAGGGGCCCUGUGCACAUCUGCAGCUCUCCCUGGACCGUGGGCAUUCCCUCCUAGAGCUCAGCGACAGGUCUCCUCACCCGCCAGCCUGUUGGCUGGCCUUAGUCCUGCAGACCUGUCCUCCCCCUGAGGGCCUCAGCUCAACGUGGAGGCGCUCUCCGUAAAUCUCCUGUGUGUGGCUGAGAGAGCAGGACUGGCUUCACAGGCGGGGUGCUGGUAUGCGGUUCCUUCCUGGCCUCUCCUGAUAGGUUGUCUUCAAGGUGUUCUCUGCCUGAGCUCAGCCUUCUCUCCUGGUGGGAAGAAGCCCAGACCCUGCAGUGCAGCUGAUGCCAUCCACCUGGCCUCCUGGGCUCAGGUCUGCUGGCUUCCUGGGGACAUGGAGGCAGUGUCACGGGAGGACAAGGUCACCCUGAGCUCUGGGAGAGUCCAGGGAGUGUCCUUGCAGGGUGGGUGGGCAGUAGAUGAACUCUUUCUGGAAGGUCCGGGUGAGAACACUAACGAAUGUCCUCCUCGAGUGCUCCCCCACCCCCCAACCUGGCACCCACGUGGUCUGUGGGCAGUGGCUCCUUCCAGUCCUUGUUUGGGGACACUGGUCUCAGUAGCAUUUGUGCUCAGUGACGUGUUAAUAGUGCACACUUGUCCUUGCUGCUGUGCCCUCCACAUCCAGCCACCCUCCAGGAGUCACCUUAAUGUGCAUUUGAGCUCGUUCACAGCCAUCUCAGCAGAUUCGGCCACACCUAGAAGAUGCUCUCAACUGCAUUGUGUAGACUGUUAUCCAGUGCAGCCUUGGAAGAAAGGCUUCACUUCUCCUGUUUUCCUUCAUAUUAAUAGAACAAAAAUGCGUACUGAGCCGGGGGGUCCUGCAGGGCUUGGGGGCUUGGGGAGUGGGCCUUGGAGGCUUGGGGAGUGGGCCUCCUAGUGCAGGGGGCUGGAACCCGGGCAUCCCUGACUACCGCCACCCCACCCCCACGGGUUAUGGUACAUGCGGGGCAGGUGGCUGUUCCCGACAUCAGGGUUCCUGCCUGGGGUCUGGCGAGAAGUGUCUCCUCUUCCUGCUCACAGAAGCUGUUCUCCUUGGGGGUGCUCAGGAGCAGGGAGUGGUGGUCACAGCAGGGAAAGGUGUCUGAGCUCAUGUGGUCCCUUUCCUGGAGAGGGCCCACGUGCGCGUUCUCAGAGCCCAGCAGUCCUUGUGCUGUCCUGUGUGAGUGAAGCAGUCUGCAGAGUCUAAUAUAUUGAACUUAACUGUACAUAUGCAGAGUGUGGUAUUUGUGUAUGAAACUGUGCUUUAUUCCUGUUUUUUUCCAGCUUUGAUGAAUAAUAUUAAAUGUUAUGGAAAUGCUGAUUAUUGCUUCUAUGGGAAGAUAAUUACAAAAAUAAAAUCUGAAACCAUGCA